ACCUCUGUGUCUUCUACCCACCAACUAGCAAGUAGAGGACUUUUAUAAGCAUGGUCUUCCUUUUGGGGGCUUCAUCUGCAGAGCAUGAACAAGAUCAAGAUCGCCGUGCUGGGAGGGGAAGGUGUCGGCAAGUCAGCUCUCAUUGUCCGCUUCUUCACUAGACGCUUUAUUGGCGAGUAUGCAUCCUCAUCAGAAUGCAUAUACAGAAAGGGUCUAGCUUUGAAUGGGAGGCAGAUUAACCUGGAGCUGUAUGAGCCAUGCUAUCAGUCCGCUGAGGGUUGCGAUCAGAUACACUGGGCUGAUGGUUUUAUUGUGGUUUACGAUAUCAGCGAUCGCUCAUCCUUUGUAACAGCCAGAACCAUAGUUAAGCUUAUCAGGGCGUUCCCCUUGGGAUCAGCCAGAAGGGAUGUCGAGUCUCUUAUAUUUGUGGUGGGCAACAAACACGACCUGUGUCACAUGCGAGAGGUGCGUUGCGAAGAAGGUCAGCGUUUGGCAGCUGAGUUCCGCUGCCAGUUCUACGAGCUGUCUGCGGCCGAGCACUACAAAGAGGUGGUGCGCAUAUUCUCCGAGAUGGUGCAGAGCACCAGCCUCCGGGGCAAGGCCAAGGAGCGCAACAGACGACCCAGUGGUUCCAAGUCCAUGGCCAAACUCAUCAACAAUGUUUUUGGCAAAAGGAGGAAAUCGGUGUAAAGGCGAGUAUAUGAGGGUUGACAUGUUGACCAAUGGCUUGCCGGUGUCCAAAAAUCCAACCAAUGGUGGACUAGUUUUACCCUCAUAAACAAUGCAAGUCGGUAGAAACUGCAUAGAAAUGAAACAUUAAGUCAUUGCAGCGAAGAAUACAAAUUGCCAUUACUAAUUAAAUCCCAGACAGUUUCAAAAUCUAGAUAAGAUGUUUUUUUUCUUCUUUAAUAAAAACAUUUUAAAACAGUUAUAGGGAUCUUAGGCAGCACUGUUGCAAAUAGGUUAGUGCGUGUGCCUCACAAUAAGAAGGUCCUGUAUUUGAUUCACGGGCUCUGGGUUUUUCUGUGUGGAAUUUGAAUAUUCUCCCCAUGACCGUGUGUGUUCCCUUCCAGAACUCCGAAGGUUGUUUUUUUUUGCAAAUAUUAACUCAUUUGGAAUUUCAUUUCUGCAACAUGUUUCAAAAAAGCUGGUACAAGUGGCAAAACAAGACCGAGAAAGUUGAGGAAUGUUCAUCAAACACUUAUUUGGAACAUCCCACAGGUGAACAGGCUAAUUGGGAACAAGGAGGGUGCCAUGAUUGGGUAUAAAUGCAGCUUCCCUGAAACAAGGAUGGAGCGAGGGUCACCACUUUGUGAACAAAUCCAUGAUCAAAUUGUCGAACAGUUUAAGAACAACAUUCCUCAACAAGCUAUUGCAAGCAAUGUAGUAAUUUCACCAUCUAUGGUCCGUAAUAUCAUCAAAAGGUUCAGAUAAUCUGGAGAAAUCACUGCACGUAAGCAGCAAGCCCAAACAACAACUUUGAAUGCCUAUGACCUUCGAUCCCUCAGGUGGUACUGCAUCAAAAAACGACAUCAUCAUGGGAUCAGGAACACUUCAGAAAACCACUGUUAGUAACUACAGUUUGUCGCUACAUCUGUAAGUGCAAGUUAAAACUCUACUAUGCAAAGCAAAAGCCAUUUAUCAACAACACCCAGGAACACCGCCGGCUUUGUUGGGCGCGAGCUCAUCUAGGAUGGACUGAUGAAAAGUGUUCUUUGUGGGUAUAUAGGUGUAUCAGUGCCCAAGGCAUGGACAUAGACUGGCCUGCCUGUAGUCCAGACCUGUCUCCCAUUUAAAAUGUGUGACACAUUAUGAAGCCUAAAAUACCACAACGGAGACCCCGGACUGUUGAACAACUUAAGCUAUACAUCAAGCAAAAAUGGGAAAGAAUUCCACCUGAAAAGCUUCAGAAAUCUGUCUCCUCAAUUCCCAAAGGUUUACUGAGUGUUGUUAAAAGGAAAGGUCAUAUAACACAGUGGUAAAAUGCCUCUGCCAACUAUUUUGCAACGUUGCUGCCAAUAAAUUCUAAGUUACCUAAUGCCCAUUCAUCCAUUUUCUACCGAUUAUUCCCUUUGGGGUCGCUGGUGCCUAUAGUUACCUAAUGAUUAUUUGCACACAAAAAAAGUUUCUCACUUUGAACAUUAAAUGUCUUGUAUUUGCAGUCUAUUCAGUUGAAUACAAGUUGAAAAGGAUUUGAAAA